AUGGCGACACAGCUACACUUUUUUGCUUGCCCGCGCUGCUGUCUGCGCACAGAACCAGAUGCCAUAAAUGCGGCCGCGCUGCCCUGUUGUCGGGAUCGUUUUGGAGAGCAGGCGUGUCAGAGCUUGAGAAAGUCUCAACCAGCCACUUUUGAAAAGCGGUGUCUGCAGGAUCACGAUUUCCACACGAUUGACUGUUGCUUGGAGUGCCGACGUUAUAUUGAAAACAACAACAUCCACCCGGAUAAUGCGCGUGCCGUUCAGCGAGCUCCGGUCGUUUGUCGGGAUAAGCAUUCCAUCAGCUUCUGCCGUCGUUUCAAGGAAUCCGGCCUGGGAAAAUACUCGUGUAAAGAUACGGAAUUCGCCAUUCGGGUCUGCCGCUCAUCCUGCGGCUACUGUAAUGACGAUCUCUAUUCGGCCGCCCACAGCGUACCCAGCUGCACGAUGAUGAACGCGUCGAUGCGGAGGAAGCUUUGGAUUUUC